CUCUGAUCCCUGUCCUAUUCUCUGCCUCUCUCCUGUUGUUCCAGCAUGUCUGCAGGAUGGCAGCACUUUGGCCUCUCCCUCUGCUGCUCUCCCAGCAUCUCUGGGCCUGUUUGGCCCUGACCCUCCCGGAUGAGCCUCACGACGGGCCCCCGUCGGUGGGCUUCGACGCCAGCCACGUCGGCCCAUCUGUGGAUCUGCCCGGUGCUCUGAGGGUGUUCAGCUUGGACUACCACCACGUGCAGGCCCCCUUUGAGAUUGUGCUGUGGAUAAUGCUGGCCUCACUGGCCAAGCUGGGUUUCCACUGGUCCGGUCGAGUCCCAGCUGUUGUCCCAGAGAGUUGCGUCCUCAUCAUGGUGGGCCUGCUUGUGGGAGGGGUGAUCUACGGGGUCCGCCACUCUGCUCCCCCUACUCUCAGUGCCGACGCGUUCUUCCUCUUCCUGCUCCCACCCAUUGUUCUAGAUGCAGGUUACUUCCUGCCUGGGAGGCUGUUCUUUGAAAACCUUGGUACCAUCCUCUGGUAUGCGGUGCUGGGAACCCUAUGGAACGUGGUGGGCAUUGGCCUGUCUCUGUACGGUGUUUGCCUGCUGGUUCCAGACUCUCUGGGUGACAUCUCUCUGCUCCACUGCCUGUUGUUUGGCUCAUUGAUCGCUGCCGUCGACCCCGUGGCCGUGCUCUCCGUCUUCCAAGAGAUGCACGUCAAUGAACAGCUGCACAUUUUGGUGUUUGGAGAGUCGCUGCUCAACGACGCUGUCACAGUGGUGCUCUACAAGCUCUUUGAGUCCUUUCUGCGGCUGCCUUCAGUGACUGGACUGGAUGUACUGGUGGGAGGUUGCAGGCUGAUAGUGGUGGGUUUGGGAGGCUUCUUUGUGGGACUGUUCUUUGGCUUGGUGGCAGCUCUCACCUCACGGUUCACCUCCAGAGCCCAGGUCAUCGCUCCCCUCUUUGUCUUCCUGUAUUCCUACCUGUCCUACCUGACUUCAGAAAUGCUUCAUUUCUCAGGAAUCACGGCCAUUGUGACCUGCGCUGUGACCAUGAAACAGUACGUGGAGGCUAACGUGUCAGAGCGCAGCAACACCAGCAUCCAGUACUUCCUGAAGAUGUGGAGUAGCGUGAGUGAGACCUUGAUCUUUGUCUUCCUCGGUGUGUCCACCAUACAAGACAUACACAUGUGGAGCUGGCCCUUCGUCUGCUCCACCCUGCUGCUCUGCCUCGUCUGGAGGGCCACAGGCGUUCUCCUGCUCACCGCUGUGGUGAACAAGCUUCGGAGGAAUGCCGUGACCUUCAGAGACCAGUUCAUCAUCGCCUACGGUGGCCUGAGAGGAGCAAUCUGCUUUUCUCUGGUCUUCCUCAUUGAUGACUUCCCAAAGAAGAGGCUCUUCAUCACGACCACCAUCGUGGUCAUUCUCUUUACCGUCUUUGUGCAGGGGAUGACCAUCAAGCCUCUGGUGGAGCUGCUGGACGUGAAGAGGAAGAAGAGAGCUCUGCCUACAGUCAGUGAGGAGAUCCACAGCAGGCUCUUAGACCAUCUGCUGUCAGGAAUAGAAGAUGUGGUUGGCUAUUGGGGGCAACAUUACUGGAAAGACAGGUUUGAGCAAUUCAACAAGAAGUACCUUCGACGUUUCCUCAUCGGUGAGCAUCACCGGGCUCGCUCCAGCAUCCUGAGAGUCUACCAGGAGCUGGAGAGGAGGGAGCAGCAGGGGGACGAGGAGGCCCCACCGCUAGUGGACCCCCGCCCUGGCGGCCGUCCCCUCCUGCCGGAGGAAAUGGACAGCAUCAGGCGUAUUCUGUCCAGAAACCUUCAAAACUUUAACAAGAAGCAGACUCCAGCCUACAGUAGACACACCUUGCACCAAGACGCCAUGGCGAUGACGGCCCUGCACAGACAUCAGAGUCUUCCAGAGAGACACACCUGCAACAGAAGCACGCUCUGCCCACAGCGGGCGGAAGGAGAGUUCUCCAAGUCUUAUAGAGGGAGAGCGCGACUCAGCAGAUCUCACACAGUGUGCUCAGCAAGCCCAAGACGGUCCGAACCCCCUGACUCUGUAGACCCGACUGCUCUGAACCCGACUCAGCCAUCGGAUCCUGAACCUGCGGAGGAGCAGCGUUCUCCGCUGCACAGGGCGCCGAUAGAGAGAGCAACAAAGAAACAACUCAGCUUUGUUCUGGAAAGUGAGACGCGUCAAUAAAGGGAGAGAGUGGCUGCGUUUCCAUUACAAAUGUACGCAGAACUCGGCAAUUGUCCGAAAAAAAACAAAA